ACAGAGCACUAGAGGUGCCGCUCGCCCGCCCGCCCCGCGGCAGCCCCGGCUCGCCGCGGCGCCAGGCAGGGCCCCCGCCAGAGGAUGCUCGGCCGGCCGCCGGGGCCAGGACCAGGACUAGCAGCAGGACUGGCACUGGCAGUGUGUGCUGCGCUCCGGGGACGGCCCCCACCCGCGGCACCCCGAGAGUAGCUGCUGGAGGGCCGCCCUGCCGUAGCCGCUGACGCUAUGGAAGACCGCAUCGGCUGCUCUCGGCUGUAGGAUGGUAGCGCACAGCAAGGUGUCAGCAGAUAAUGCACUUGGAGCAGACCCAAGACGGCUUCUUGAUCCCCCGGCACGGGAUCGCUCACAGGCACGAGGCUUCCAGGGCCCCGGCCGGCCCGGCACUGUGCAGGCACAGGGCAACACACACUUCCGAACCUUUCGCUCCCAGGCGGAUUUCAGUAGCAUCACUCGAGCCAGCAGCCUGCUGGAUGCCUGUGGCUUCUACUGGGGGCCUCUGAGUGUCAGUGCUGCCCACGAGAAGCUGAAGUCUGAGCCCGAGGGCACCUUCCUCAUCAGGGACAGCACACAAAAGAAUUGCUUCUUUGCCAUCAGUGUUAAGACUGCAACUGGGCCCACCAGUAUCCGGAUUAACUUUCAGAGUGGGCGUUUCAGCCUGGAUGGCAGCAAAGAGACUUUUGACUGUCUUUUUAAGCUGCUGGAACAUUACCUAAGCUCCCCAAGGAAGGUACUGGUUACCCCCCUUCGCAAGGUCCGGGUGCAGCCACUGCAGGAGCUCUGCCGGAAAAGCAUCGUGAAGACUUUUGGAAAAGAGAAUUUAAAUCAGAUCCCACUCAAUCCUGUUUUAAAGGACUAUCUGAAAUCCUUCCCAUUUCAGAUAUAAGUGCAGCAUUAACUGUAUAGGGACACAUUAGACAUGUGUAACGAAAUCCAGUUUUCUGGGUUUUUAAAUAUGUUUGACAGUGAGCAAACUUAUUUUUGUAGCAAUUUACUGUAUUUUGCGGUGGAACCUGAACACUUGACUUCUUAUGUUUACAAAAACUGUUUGCACAAACCUGGGGUUUUAAAACCCUGGCAUAAUUUUUCUGCCAAGCAGAAUAUUUUACUAUUUUAUAAUAUUUUUAAUGAUAUUAACAUAAUAAACUUUAUUGUUACAG